AUUUGAAGGAGAUGAAAAUCAAUUUGAUGACAGUUCUAAAUUCCCUCCCAGCAACUCUGAAAGCAGAAUUAAUCUUUGAUCCAUCUAUUGGUGUACUUCAUAAUGAGACGCUUAUGAGGAUGGUUUUGUCCUCUAUUCUGAUAUCUCCAGACGAUGGGCAGCUUGAACAGUUCUUUACAGCUUUUACUUACAUCACCACAAAUAGAAAUAUCACAAUAAUUGAAAACACGGCUGUCCGAGACACAAUGCUGAACCUAACUUUGAUGGCUCUUUCUCCCAGAUUCCCUCUCUUCCAAUCCAAUGACUAUAUGUUGUGGUUUCAAAUAAAUCUUGUUGUACUACUGGCCAGUUUUCAUCCAUCAUAUUUGGUGGUUAUCCCCACAAACCUCAGCUGUGACUCUUACGAUGCAAUAUUAAAAGGCUUAGAAAAGGCUUUGGCUAUUGUACCAUCUGAACUUCUAGAGGACUUGAAGACAAGCAAAGAAAUUCUGAUUCUUUCACUACCAAAAGGUUGUCCUCAGAAAAAUACUCCCUUACCAAUAGGCUCUAAAUAUGUCACUACUGCAACUACAUCUUCAAUGUCAACCACUCAGCUACCAACUAAGGCCUCCACAGGUCCAGCAGUGUCAGGCGAAGUAUUUGUUAUUCUGCAGAUCCGUUUGCAUAUACAGUAUAUUGAUGCUUACAGUAAUCCUGCUUCAUUGGAGUAUCAGACUCGAUCCAGAAACAUCACAAUGGAGCUGAAUCACUUCUACUGGAAAUUGUAUGAGCCACACUUUCUCAGAUGCUACUUGAUGGGAUUCUGGCCUGGGUCUGUGGGUGUGGAUAUGCAACUUAUUUUUAAAAGUGACACUGUGCUUCCAAAUAAAGAAAGCAUUGAAGACAAUCUUAAGUCAGCAAUUGCUGAAUCAAAAGUGUUUCUUGACAUUAUUCCUUCCAGUGUCGUUGUUGUGAAUCAAGAUGGCUCAAGUUUGACAACCAGACAAACCCAGUCAUCACAAAAUGUUCUGAUUAAGCAAACAUCAUCUGCUGCAGCACCAGUUCUUUCUAGUGUUGUACCUACUAGCACACCUACUGAUCUUUCAAGCACAGCUCCUCCUAAUUAUGUUUCGUUCAAUGUCAUUCCUGAUCCUUCAACCAUAAUAGUUCCUACAGAUCUUUCAGACACUUCUGUCACCACUGGUCCAUCAGUAACAGAUGGUUCAUUAAACACAACAGAUGACACUCAUCUGUCAAGUACUUCAUCUCCUAAUGUUCCCAUACUCUCUGCAGUUUCUACUCAGAAGUCAAGCAUAACUGCUCCUCUUGGAACAUUAAGCACAGCAGAUCCUGCUCAUCUAUCACACACUGCUCCCUAUGACCAUUCAAGCACUGGGGAUCCUACUGAUCAUUCAAACACAACUGUUCUUACUGAUCCCUCAAUCACUGCAGUUUUUACUAAUCAAACAAGCCCAACUGUUGGAUCAAGUACUACAGUUCAUAUUGAGCGACCAAGCACAACUGUUCAUACCGGAACCAUGACCUCUGCAGUUCCUACUGAUCUGUCAAGCACAACUGCUUCUACUAGUCCCAUCACAACUACAGAUCUUUCAGAUUCAUCAAAGGCAUCUGUUCCUGUUGGUUCCACAACUGCUGCAAUUCCUACUGAUCAAUCACACUUAGUUGUUCCUUCUGAUACGUCAACCACUGAAUUCCUUGCACAUUUUUCAAGAACAACUCUUCCUAAUUCUAUUUCAAAAAAUGCAAUUCCUACUGAUAGACAAAGCACAACUGUUAAUACCAAAACCUCAACAACUGUAGUUCCUGCUGAUCUCUCUAGCACAAUAUCACCUACUGGUUUUACAGACACUGCAGUCACUUCUGGUCCAUCAGUUUCAACAGUUUCCCCUGGUCAUUCAAACAAUGCAGUAACUGCCAGUCUAUCAAACACAACUACUAAUUAUUCUUCAAACAAUGUGUUCCCUACGGAUCAACCAAGCACAACUGUUCAUACUGGAACCUCAAACACUGCAGUUCCUAUUGGACUGUCAAUCACAACUGUUCACACUGCCUCUUUCAUCACUAAAAAGUUAUACCAAUCAAUCAGCUGA